AUGGUCUUUUCUAUCCGCAUUGGCGCCAUCAUCACGACGGCGGUGAUGGUGGCAUUCACUCCCCUAACCGCAGCGGCAUUGUCUUCGUCAGCGACGAGUGGCAGCUACACCCUGUGCCAGUUCUAUUCGAGCAUACCGGGCCUCUCCUCAGCGGAUUCGACAUCCUUGACGCUGCCUCUCUGCCCUUCCAGCUUGUUGACCUUCUCCUACACGAUUCCCCCUGAGACGACCUCGACAACCCCAAUUGCCGGCCCGACUACUAGGACAUGGGCGCCGUCGCCCAGCGUCACCAGCUCUUUGACCUUGUGCCAAUUCUACUCAAGCAUCCCCGGCCUGUCUUCGCCGCCGACACCCGUCUCCAGCAUGACCCUGCCUUCGUGCCCCGCAAGCCUGCAGGAUAUCACAUACUCAUACCAGGCGCCCCUGGUAACCAAUGGCGGUUCCGCGACGGGGACCACACUGUCAGCCACAUCUGCCACCAGCACAGCUGCUGUUGUGUCUAGCUUUACCGGCGCGGCUGCUCCCAGACCAAGUUUGGAUAGAAUGGUUCUUGGUGGUGUUGGCGUGGGAGGCAUCCUGGCGGGAGCAGUGGGAAUGAUGGCAUGA